GUGUGUAUGUGUGUGUGUUUUGGGGGGGGUUAACAGGUUUUAGAGAUAUUGUGCACAGGUUGUUGCUGUGCGGUAGAACAGAAACUUAAGACGGAAAGGAAAGUGAAAGUGAAACAGUUUCUUUUCUGGUUAAGAUUCACUGUGUUUCACCAAAGCUUCACUGCAGUUGCAACUGACUUCAUUGAUUUUUGAUGGGAAUUUCUGGGUGUAAAAUGACUCAUUUUCAUGGCAAAAUAACUUCAGGUUUUGUCACUCGUGCAGGUUCACAUCGACAUACAAGCGUGAGAGGGCUUUCAAACUGCGGUCUCUCCUGCUGUAUAAAUGCUUUACUGCAGACGUUUGCAGCCACUACAGAGUUACAGGAGUUGCUUAGCAGAUGGCAGCCAUCUGAGAACGCUUCUAAAAUGAAUGUUCUCCUGGAGCUCAAAAGAGCAUUAGAAGGCAUGAAGGAUAAAAGGCAGGCCAGACCUCACCUGGAUCUUCUGGACUGUCUUCAUGAAUACAACAUUUGCCGAUCCACUGAACAUGAUGCUGAUGAAGUGUUCCACACCAUCCUGAACCUCAUUCAGAAGCAGAUGUCUGACCAGCAAAUUGCUGCAGACAUAAAAAAUCUUUACAAGAUCGACGUUGAAGAAUGCACCGAGUGUUCAGAAUGUGGGAACGUACAACGUGCCCCCAACAUCUUUCUUAGCUUUCCGCUACAUCUCCAUGAGGAUAGAAACACCUUGAUGGACUGUUUCAGGAUGUUUUUUGAGCCGCAGAUGUUGGAAGACAGUGAAGCUUUUUACUGUGGCAGAUGUGAAAAGAAGAUGCCGUCUACCCAGAGAUGCAAGCUUGUUUCGCUGCCUUCUAUCCUAUGCAUUAAUCUAAAGAGGUUCAGAAACAUCAGUGGCUACACCAAAAAGCUGUACGCCAAAGUCAGUUUCCCUGAAACGAUUAACCUGGCUGAUAUUUUACCUGAAGAACAUUCCCAAGUGGCUGAGAGACGUUACAGACUGUAUGCAGUAGUAGUUCACGCUGGGAUGUCCAUGAUGGGCCACUACACAGCGUACAUCUAUUCUACAGACAGCAAGUGGUACUAUGUUGAUGACAGCCACAUGCAACAAGUCAGCUGGGAGGAGGUUCAGCGCACGUAUGGAGGGAGCAGAUGGUCCAGUGAAACCGCUUAUAUGCUGCUGUACAGGACACUGAGUUCAGGAGCAGUCCAGGAACCCAAUCCUUAGGACAAAGAUAAAGCUCCUUUUAAUCACAUGAAAUUAAAUUAUUUUUAAGACUACACUACAGAAAUAUUUUAAAAAGAAUUAGAUUGCAUUAAAAAUAUUUUGUAUGGAAUACAAUUAGAUGAAUAUUUAUUCAUCUAAUUUUUAAAUGAAUUCUGGUUUCUGUAAAAGGAAAAUUAAAUCCUCAUUUCUUCAAUGCA